AUGGAGUCGGAAACCAAUCACGAACCUCUCGAGAAGGACCUCAAUGAGACAGAACAGAUCAAAGACUUGGAAGUGAAAGAUAGAAUCCCUUCACCGUUCCCUCAACAAUACGCUGCAGAUGACACCGACGUGUCUGGCAGUGUGUAUACCAGCAGCGAAGAAGAAUUUGAUCGAAAUGAUGGGCACUAUUCGCUCAAAAGGCCAGCCGAAGAUGACCUGCUACCUCGACAAUUUAAGAGACAAAAAGGAGUGCUCAACACCGAUUACCUGGAUCUUCUCAAUAGGGACAUUGAAGAUGCAGCACAGCGUGUUUGCUUCACACAUGAAGACAACGAGACCGCUCUGGGUUCAACCCAAAUCGGUCUCACCUACUGGUCAUUACCAGAAAAGAAGUUGUUUUUUGAGGCCAUCGCCCGUCUAGGCCAAACCGACCUUCCAGGCAUUGCAUCUCGUAUAGGGACAAAGAGUGAGGUCGAGGUGAAUCAUUACCUUGAUGUGCUUCGAAGAGCUCGACUUUUGAGACAGCGCGAGGUUAGACGCCCAGCAAUAGAGUUUUCGGAAAUACCUGCUGCUGUUGAGCUAAGCCAGCAAUGCUGUCACGCUCUAGACGAAGCCGCGGAUGCCAUCUCUGUGCGCCAGGAACGAAAAGAAGAAUUAAGAGAAGAGGGCAAAUGGGGAGAGUGCUGGGAAAUCACCCCCAAGAUCGCACAUCGACUCGACAAGGGUGAAAGCAUCAAUGGAAGUCAGAAACUUCAAUUCAAGGGACUAUUCAACCUCCAUACUUGGUUAAGGCUUUCAGAGCGUGUCUUUAUGAAUUCGUCUAUUCCUAGCGAGAACUGGCAAUACAUCGACAAUAGGCCUCCAUCAAUGUGGGCUACGACGUUUGAGGAUUUCCACUCCUUAGCGGUCUCUAUAACGAAACGACUUGUUCAAACAACUCUUUUCAUGAGUAUGUCAAGAAUCAGAGCCAAAAGGGAACUUCAUCCCAACACCCGCGAUAUAGUCAGAGCCCAAGACGUGCAAGCAGCCAUCGCCUCGUUAGGGAUGAAGCUAGAUUCACGACAGUUCUGGAGCAAGUGUGCAAGAAGACUACGACUGGAAGUGCAAGAAGAGCCACCAAGUAACGACGAGGAAGGCGAAGGCGAACCCCUCAGUUACGAAGAAAUUGAAGAUCUUUUAUCACAAACCGAUGAAGAUAUCAAACCAAUCACUAAAUCCGAGUUCGAGUUCGAUGUCGAGUAUUCCGAGCCAGAAGCUUUGAACCCUGAUUUCGAAGAACCGCCAUUGUUAUCCGACGAAGAAGGUGCUGCCAUCGACAGAGAAGCAAAUGAAGUACUACAGUUUUCUGCUGCCGACUUCCCAGAAACGUACCGCAAAAAAGAGGUUCUCAAAAACCGUAUUACCACGGAACGCCGACAGGAGCAGUACGCCGAAGAGCGCGACCAGUUUGCAAACUGGCAGGCCGAGAAUGAGAUGUGGGAUCUACUGCAGAAGAAACCACCUAUUGAACUGCCCAAGGUGCCCGAACCGGGUCCCCUGCAGCGAUCAACUAUGGAUGUGGAGGGUAUCUUCCCCAUAGGAAGGGAUUGGAUGACCAAAACAAAUUAUCGCAGUGAAUGGGAGCAGGAAUAA